AUGAUGUAAUUUAAGAGUUUAGAAGAGCAAAUCCAAUACUAGGAAAAGAAUAUUGAAUAUUUGUAACAAUAAAAUUUUGAUUUACAAAACUAAAUUUCUUAAUUUUCAUAAUUUUAAUAGUUAGGAAUUACUAUUGAGGCAUUCUAAUCUUUGCAGAAUAAUAACAAAGAAUAAUAGCAACAAAUAAAAUAAUUGCAAAAAGAUAAUAACAAUUUACUUAAAUAGAUAUAAAACAAUCAAGUGAAAUAUUAUGAUAAAACACUUUCAAAUUUAUAAUAGGAGAAUGUGAAAUUGAAGAAUGAAAUAAGAUAAUUACGAUAAAGGAUAUCAUCUCCUUCUAAAUUAGAUAAAUCAAUAGUUUAAUAUAGUACACCAUAAAAGUAACUAAAUCCUAGUGCUAUACUAAAGUCAACAAAAGAUCAUCCAAAAGAUGUGGCAAGUUUAUUAUUUAUCAAAGGUUCCUAAAAUUUCAAAUCUUAAUAUGUGGAUAUUAUUAAAGGAAAAUACGAAAAUGUUAAAGUAAUCAAAUAAUUAAAAUCAGGAUUAGAGUAAUCCUAUUUUGACACUUAUCAUUUUGAUAUAAUAAGUUAAGAUCUCUAACACUCACUAUAAUAAUUAGAUAGAUAGCAUAGUAUUCAUUAAGGUAAAGGGAUUCUAUUAUCGAAUUAAUUAUGUUUGAUUUAUGGAGCAUCAAGAACAUAUAAGAAGCAUUUUCUAAUAUAAUAUUUAGAUACAUUAAUAUCUUAAAUAAAAUAACAAUAUGAAAUCUUUUAAUAAAAUGAAGAUUACAAAUAAUUGACAGUUAAGAUUGUAUAUGAAGAAUUCUUUAAUGGUUAGCCUAAACAUCCAUGUGAUAGUGAAAUUCUUGUUAAUAAAGAAUAAAGUAAAAGGGAUAGUGAAAGCAAGGUAAGAGAGAUAGAAUUAUCAAUAUCAAAAUUGAGAUUAAUAAUACUUAAUAAACUUAAAAUGACAAUUAAAGAUAAUAGUAAGAAAUAUGUUAAAGUAAGAAAGCUUUACAUAGAAACAGAAUUAUAAUUUCUUAAAGAAACUCAAAUGAAAAAGUUUUUUUGUUUUACAUCAAAUUAGAAUUUGAAUUAGAGAUAGUUUUAAAAUGCAGAAGAAGGCUUAAAUGAAUCUUUAGCAAUGAAGGAUAAAGGAAAGGAAUUAACAUAAAUUUUAAGAUGGCCAUAAUUAUAAAUAUCAUUAGUUUUAUGUGUUCAUCCAACAAUUCCAGAUUAUUCUUUAACAGUAAAUACAUUUUAAAUAUGUAAAUUUAUUAGAAAUUUGAAAUUAGUAUCAGAUUCUCCUUAAAGUUCUGAUAAAUUUUAACAGAUUUUAGAGAAUAAUAAUGUAAAUAAAUAUAAUAUUUUUAGAAAUCGCUUGAAUAAAAAAUAAAAUAAUUAAGAGAGAAAAUAAAGAAUUUAGAAUCUGAGAAUUACAGAGUCAGAAAGUAAAGUUUCAUUUUAGAAGCAGAAAAUAAGGAAGCAGUUGAGAAGAAUAAAAAAUUAAAUUAAUAAUUGAUAAAUCUAACAGGUUCAUUGAAGUCAUUAAAAAUGAAUUUUUAAUAGUAAAUAUCUGCUAAGAAAUCUUUAUCAUUGUCUAAAACGAAAAGUGCAGUUGUAGCUGAUAAUAAAAUAAUAUAAACACUUGAAAAGGCUUCAAGAAGCAUAUCAGUAUUAUUAUCAUAGAAUAGUAAGACUGAUUUAAGCGUUAGUCCAUCAAAAGUUCAAAAGACACUUCCUUCAGAUUUACUUCUGGUAAAACAAUUAGAUUAAUAAAUAUUAGCCAAAUUUUUAAGAAAAUUCAGAUGAGGAUGAGGAAUAUUAAGAAGAAGGGGAAGAUGGAUAAGAAGAUGAAGAUUAAAUGGAUGAUGAAGAAGUAGAUUCUGAAGUACCAUCUGAAGAAGAUGAAUCUGAGGGAUAAGAUAUAUAAUAACCUAGAAAAGAGUCAUCAAUAUCAAUGAUAUGA